AUGGCUACCAACAUCGGAUCCCUCGACACAUCUAAGCCCCCCAGCAAUGACAUCGGCUGUCCCCCAAACGGUUCUGUUUCCUCCGUCACGAACUCCGGCGUCUCCUCCUCCUCUGAGGCCACGCUUGGCCGCCACCUCGCGCGCCGCCUCGUGCAGGUGGGGGUCACGGACAUUUUCUCCGUGCCAGGUGACUUUAACCUCACCCUUCUUGACCACCUCAUCGCGGAGCCCCAACUCACCAAUAUCGGAUGCUGCAACGAGCUCAACGCUGGGUACGCCGCCGACGGCUACGCUCGGUGCCGGGGAGUGGGCGCGUGCGUGGUCACGUUCACCGUGGGGGGACUGAGUGUAAUCAACGCAAUCGCUGGCGCUUACAGUGAGAACCUUCCGCUGGUUUGUAUCGUGGGUGGGCCUAAUACCAACGACUUCGGCACGAACAGGAUCUUGCAUCACACCAUUGGGUUGUCGGAUUUCAGCCAAGAGCUCAGGUGUUUCCAAACUGUUACCUGCUACCAGGCUGUGGUCAAUAACAUAGAAGACGCUCAUGAAAUGAUUGACACUGCGAUCUCAACCUGUCUGAAAGAAAGCAAGCCCGUUUACAUAAGCAUAAGCUGCAACUUACCUGGCAUUCCUCACCCCACUUUCAGUCGUGAGCCAGUUCCAUUUUCUCUGUCCCCCAGAUUGAGUAACAAGCUAGGGUUGGAGGCAGCAGUGGAGGCAGCAGUAGCGUUCCUAAACAAGGCAGUGAAACCUGUAAUGGUGGGUGGUCCAAAACUGAGGGUGGCUAAGGCAUGUGAUGCUUUUGUUGAGCUUGCUGAUGCAUGUGGUUAUCCAUUUGCUGUCAUGCCAUCAGCCAAGGGACUAGUCCCUGAGUACCACCCCCACUUCAUUGGCACAUUCUGGGGUGCUGUGAGCACUUCUUUCUGUGCUGAGAUUGUGGAAUCUGCUGAUGCAUACUUGUUUGCUGGCCCCAUUUUCAAUGACUACAGCUCUGUAGGGUACUCUCUCCUUCUCAAGAAGGAGAAGGCCAUCAUCGUGCAGCCGAACCGGGUAGUGAUCUCAAAUGGACCUGCAUUUGGGUGUGUUCUCAUGAAGGACUUCCUCAGUGAACUUGGAAAGCGUCUCAAGCACAACAACACGGCAUAUGAAAACUAUGCCAGGAUAUUCGUCCCUGAUGGAAAACCUCUGAAGGCUGAACCAAAAGAGCCUUUGAGGGUUAAUGUGCUGUUUAAGCACAUUCAAGACAUGUUGUCUGGUGAUACUGCUGUGAUUGCUGAGACAGGGGACUCUUGGUUUAACUGCCAAAAGCUGAAGUUGCCAAAAGAUUGUGGGUACGAGUUCCAAAUGCAAUAUGGUUCUAUUGGAUGGUCAGUUGGUGCAACUCUUGGUUAUGCUCAGGCUGUUCCUAAGAAAAGAGUGAUUUCUUGCAUUGGUGAUGGAAGCUUUCAGGUGACAGCUCAGGAUAUCUCCACCAUGAUACGAAAUGAGCAGAAGUCCAUUAUCUUCCUGAUAAACAAUGGUGGAUACACCAUUGAAGUUGAAAUUCAUGAUGGGCCAUACAAUGUGAUUAAGAACUGGAACUACACUGCCUUAGUUGAUGCAAUCCACAAUGGUGAAGGAAAUUGCUGGACCACUAAGGUCACAUGUGAAGAGGAACUUACUGAAGCAAUUGAGACAGCAACAGGAGACAAGAAAGAUUGCUUGUGCUUCAUUGAGGUGAUUGUUCACAAGGAUGAUACAAGCAAAGAAUUGCUUGAAUGGGGCUCUAGGGUCUGUGCUGCAAAUAGUCGUCCUCCUAAUCCUCAGUGA